CCCCUAAUCCAUCAAUCUAUUAACAAAAACCAAAGAUUCGCCAAGUCGAUUUCUAAACCUAGUAGAGACACAAUCCAGAAAGACAUAUCCGUGUCAUUUGGGAUUGCCGGGCAAAAAUGACCGUGGGCACUGCGACGCCGAGCGCCAACAAAGAGAACGCGCCUAGGAGUCGCUUUCCUACGCCGCAGUCUUUGGAAAAGCUGCACAAGCCCUUCAAAUGCCCCGGCUCAGCGACCCGGAGGCCUGAAGCCGACCGUCCUGCACGGAAGCGCAGAAAGGUCGACUACAAGGGUGCCGACGGUGCAGACGACACGGGCGAGUCGUACACCAGCAUUGAAAGGCUCGCUCUCGCCAAUCGGGAUGUUAACAAAUAUCCCGUUUUCAAACCGAAAGACAAGGACACCAUCUUCCGAAAGUCUUUCGUGGUUCCUCUGGUUAACAAAAAUGUGGCCUCCUACAAUCCCAAUCGUCCACCGCCGACUCUUGGCUUGAGACAAGGUGCCGUGUUCGUCGCCAAGGCGCUGCACGAUCCUAGUGGCGAGUUCGCGAUUGUACUUUACGAUCCAACUGUUGAUGACAGACCGAAAGAGCCUGAGAAACCAGUCGAGGAACCGGACAAGCCUUCUCCGUCGCAGGAAAAACUCGACGCGCCUUUGGUGCACAAGAGUCUUGCUGAGAUUCUUGGUAUCAAGAAGAAGGUUGAGGGUGAACAUCCGAGGGUUCCAGUCGUGAUCGAUCCACGCCUUGCCAAAGUUCUCCGACCACAUCAGAUUGAGGGAGUCAAGUUCAUGUAUCGAUGUGUUACGGGAAUGAUCGAUGAAAAGGCAAACGGAUGCAUCAUGGCUGAUGAGAUGGGUCUCGGCAAAACAUUGCAAUGCAUUACACUCCUGUGGACUCUUCUCAAACAGUCGCCAGAAGCUGGAAAGCCUGCCAUUCAAAAGGCGAUCGUUGCUUGUCCAUCAAGUCUGGUCCGCAAUUGGGCCAAUGAGCUGGUUAAGUGGCUUGGCGCCGACGCCAUCACCCCCUUCGCCAUUGAUGGCAAAGCGUCCAAGGAGGAACUGACCCGGCAGCUGCGGCAAUGGGCCAUUAGUAGUGGUCGUGCUGUCACCAGACCUGUGAUCAUCGUUUCAUACGAAACCCUGCGACUCAAUGUCGAAGAGUUGAAGCACACCAAGAUUGGACUGAUGCUAUGCGACGAAGGCCACCGCUUGAAAAACGGCGACAGUCAGACAUUUACUGCUCUCAAUAACUUGAACGUAUCACGGCGCGUUAUUCUUUCCGGCACACCUAUCCAGAACGAUUUGUCAGAGUACUUCUCCCUGAUCAGCUUUGCGAAUCCAGAUUUGCUGGGCACAAGACUCGAGUUCAGAAAGCGAUUUGAGCUGCCGAUCCUUCGAGGCCGAGAUGCCGAUGCGUCAGAGAAGGAGCGAGUGAAGGGAGACGAAUGUCUGAAAGAGCUGCUCGCUCUCGUGAACAAGUUCAUCAUCAGACGUACCAAUGACAUCUUGUCAAAGUAUCUGCCAGUCAAGUACGAACACGUCGUUUUCUGCAACCUGGCACCUUUCCAGCUCGACUUGUACAACUAUUUUAUCACAUCGCCGGAUAUUCAGGCACUUUUGCGUGGGAAGGGUAGCCAGCCUCUCAAGGCCAUCGGCAUACUCAAGAAGCUAUGUAACCACCCUGACCUACUCAACCUGUCGGAUGACUUGCCGGGUUCCGAGGCACAUUGGCCCUCAGACUAUGUUCCCAAGGAAUCACGCGGCCGCGAUAGAGAAAUCAAGCCGUGGUACAGCGGCAAGAUGCAGGUGCUCGAUCGUAUGCUGGCACGCAUUCGAGCCGACACGAAUGACAAGAUAGUGCUCAUCAGCAACUACACGUCGACUCUUGACCUGUUCGAGCGGUUGUGUCGCAACCGCGGCUAUGGUAGCCUCCGGCUCGACGGCACGAUGAACGUGACGAAGCGCCAGAAGCUGGUUGACAAAUUCAACGAUCCGGAAGGUAGCGAGUUUGUCUUCUUGCUGAGCUCCAAAGCUGGAGGCUGCGGUUUGAACUUGAUCGGAGCGAACCGGCUUGUGCUUUUUGACCCCGAUUGGAAUCCUGCUGCCGAUCAGCAGGCACUUGCAAGAGUUUGGCGAGAUGGGCAGAAGAAGGAUUGCUUCGUGUACCGUUUCAUCGCGACUGGCAGCAUCGAGGAGAAGAUUUUUCAGCGCCAAAGUCACAAACAGUCACUGUCAUCAUGUGUGGUCGACUCGGCGGAAGACGUGGAGCGUCACUUCUCGCUUGACAGCCUCAAGGAGCUCUUCCAGUACCGGGGCAACACGCGCUCCGACACGCACGACACCUUCAAGUGCAAGCGUUGCAAACCUGAUGGGAAACAGUACAUCAAGGCUCCUGCUAUGCUGUAUGGAGACACCAGUACUUGGAACCAUUUCAACAACGAGGGUCUUAAACCUAUCCAGGAUCUGCUGUUGAGGCAAGAAUGUGGAGAGACUGAAGUCAGCGCCGUCUUUCAGUACAUUUCACAUUGAUCAUGAAGAAUGGGAAUGUAACAGUGGCCAGUGUUUUGUUAUGAUAUCAGUCAUGUUGCACAGUGUGUUCUUAUUUUCUUGUUUAUUCUCGUGAUUAAGAAGACGAGAGUUCUAUUUGUUUUUUUUUUCCUUCUUUUUAAGGCUGUUCAUCAUUAGCAAGCAGGCGUUUUAGAGUGUAUAUAAUGAGAAUGCAUUUACAUGAGCAUGAUAUGAGAUGUUUUUUCAUUAGUCAUAAUCACAUCAUCUGCACUUUCAGAUUGGUGUGGGAGUUCAAGGG